AUGUAUUUUAUUAGGGUUCUUUCUAAACAUCUCAAAGAUAUUAAUUAUUUGAAAUUUCAACAAAAUUAUCAUCACAAUCAGUCUUGUUUAAAAAGAUUGUUUUCAGGUACAAGGCUUUUAAAUAAUUUAUUUACUAUACAAACAAAUAAUGAUUUUCGAGUAGAGAAAGAUGCUUUUGGGGAAAUACAAGUCCCUGCAAAUUGUUACUGGGGAGCUCAAACACAAAGAUCAUUAGAAAAUUUUGAUAUUGGAGGGCCUACAGAAAAACUUCCUAUCCCUGUUAUAAAAGCCUUUGGGAUUCUAAAAAAAGCAGCAGCAAUAGUUAAUAUAGAAUAUGGACUCGAUAAGACAAUUGGAGAAGCUAUUCAACAAGCAGCCGAUGAUGUUAUUUCAGGCAAAUUGCUGGAUCAAUUUCCUCUUGUAAUUUGGCAAACAGGGUCAGGCACACAGUCAAAUAUGAAUGCCAACGAAGUUAUUUCAAAUCGUGCCAUAGAAAUUCUCGGAGGAAAAUUAGGUUCAAAAGAUCCAGUUCAUCCUAAUGAUCAUGUAAACAUGUCUCAAUCGUCAAAUGACACUUUUCCUACUGUAAUGCAUAUUGCAGCUGUAACAGAAAUUACACAAAAAUUAAUACCAUCUCUCCAGUCUCUACAUAACGCUCUUUUCGAAAAACAGAAAUCAUUUUCGAAAAUAAUUAAAAUUGGUCGUACUCAUUUGCAAGACGCUACUCCUCUUACUUUAUCACAAGAAUUUAGUGGCUAUGUAACUCAAAUUAAAUAUGGAAUUGAAAGAAUAAAUGGUACAUUGAGUCGAUUAAAAAAGCUUGCACAAGGCGGAACAGCUGUUGGAACAGGCCUUAAUACUAAAACAGGAUUCGAUGUUAAAAUCGCUGAACAAAUAUCAAAACUUACAAAUGAAAAAUUUGAAACAGCUGAAAAUAAAGUAUAUGAAUUUGAAGCACUUGCUGCUCAUGAUGCAAUUGUAGAAGCAAGUGGUGCUCUUAACACAGUAGCCUGCAGUUUAAUGAAAAUCGCCAAUGAUAUACGUUAUCUUUCUAGCGGCCCUCGAUGUGGAUUAGGUGAACUAUCAUUGCCUGAAAAUGAACCAGGAAGCUCGAUUAUGCCAGGAAAAGUUAAUCCUACACAAAAUGAAGCUUUAACAAUGGUAUGUGCUCAAGUUAUGGGAAACCAUACAGCAAUUUCUAUUGGUGGUUCCAACGGCCAAUUCGAGCUCAAUGUAUUUAAACCAAUGCUUAUUGCAAAUCUUUUGAAAAGUAUUCGACUUCUUACAGAUGCAUCACGUUCUUUUACAAAAAAUUGCAUUAUUGGUAUUAAAGCAAAUGAAUCUCGUAUAAACGAACUUAUGAACAAAUCAUUAAUGUUGGUUACAGCAUUGAAUCCAUAUAUAGGCUAUGACAAAGCAACAAAGAUAGCUAAAACAGCGCACAAAGAAGGAAUAACACUUAAAGAAGCAGCGCUUAAACUUGGCCUUUUAACUGAACAACAAUUUGAAACAUGGGUAGACCCUCGGAAAAUGCUGGGACCAUCUUGA